CCAAUUGUACUCUUAGUUAUUUUAAAAUGUACAAUUAAGCUAUUGUGGACUAUAGUCACCCACACCCUGUUGUGCUGUGAAAUGCUAGGUCUUACUCAUUUGUACUGUUGUUUUUUUGUGCCCAUUACCCCCACACUACCUUUCCCAGCCUCCGAUAACCAUCCUUCUACUCUCUAUCUCUACAAUCAUUUUAAAUGGUUGUUUAAAACGGGUGUCAACAUUUCUGUUUUUUAACCAUCCCAAACCGUCCCUUUAAAGGAACGCAUGACCAGAGGGUUGCCUUUAAAUCUUGCACAAUUAAAAGAAGAGCGUUUUCUCUGAGGCAGCUGAUCUCAGGAAAUCUUGCACGAUUUUGAAGAUGCCGGUUUUCCAUCAGACCCGGCCUGCUGGGUCACUUGGCGGGUCUUGGCGGAGCGAGGGUGCGCUGGGCCCUGCUCCGGGAGGGCGCACUGCAGGGGCCCGGGCCUGGCUCGGCUGCAGCACCUCCUGGCGGCAGGACUGCGGCGUGGGAGGAGCCAGGAGGCCCCCGCCCCGGCCGGCGUCACCCUCGGGUCUGUCCCUGGUCUGGGACCGAGCCCUUUUGCACGAAGUCCUUUAAUCGCUAAGGAGCUUUGCCAGACGCUUCCCCCGCAGGCCCGCUGGCGUCUGACCCACGUCCCCUCUGCGGGGUGUUUGGGACUCGAGCCCUGGCAGGCACAGGCCGCCCUGCGUUCCCCGCUGGGGAGGGAAGGCGGGCGGCGAAGCGGCGGGGCGGGGGACGGGGGAAGAAAGUAGGAGGUGGGGCGGGGUGCUGUCCCUCCCCGCGCCCUUGUCGCCCACCGGGCUGUUUCCAGGAGUUGGGGACUUCCGGGGUUGCGCUGUCGUGUCCGGCCGUUGGGCCGCCGAGGGGUGUCGCUGCGCCCGCUGCCCCGCGCGGCCCUUUAAACUUUGUUUUUUAAACUUCGGGGGUGUGGUCGCGGCGCCUCCCCUCUCGGCGGCUGGCCGUCCUUGCCUCUGCCCCGCCUUCCAGAUGCUUUGGAGUCAUGAGCCGGGAGGGCGCGGGGGCCGCUCUGGUGGCCGAGGUGAUCAAAGAUCGCCUUUGUUUUGCCAUUCUCUACAGCAGACCAAAGAGUGCAUCAAAUGUACAUUAUUUCAGCAUAGAUAAUGAACUUGAAUAUGAGAACUUCUACGCAGAUUUUGGACCACUCAAUCUGGCAAUGGUUUACAGAUAUUGUUGCAAGAUAAAUAAGAAAUUAAAGUCCAUUACAAUGUUAAGGAAGAAAAUUGUUCAUUUUACUGGCUCAGAUCAGAGAAAACAAGCAAAUGCUGCCUUCCUGGUUGGAUGCUACAUGGUUAUAUAUUUGGGGAGAACUCCAGAAGAAGCAUAUAGAAUAUUAAUCUUUGGAGAGACAUCCUAUAUUCCUUUCAGAGAUGCUGCCUAUGGAAGCUGCAAUUUCUACAUUACACUUCUUGACUGUUUUCAUGCAGUAAAGAAGGCAAUGCAGUAUGGCUUCCUUAAUUUCAACUCAUUUAACCUUGAUGAAUAUGAACACUAUGAAAAAGCAGAAAAUGGAGAUUUAAAUUGGAUAAUACCAGACCGAUUUAUUGCCUUCUGUGGACCUCAUUCAAGAGCCAGACUUGAAAGUGGUUACCACCAACAUUCUCCCGAGACUUAUAUUCAAUAUUUUAAGAAUCACAGUGUUACUACCAUUAUUCGUCUGAAUAAAAGAAUGUAUGAUGCCAAACGCUUUACGGAUGCUGGCUUCGAUCACCAUGAUCUUUUCUUUGCGGAUGGCAGCACCCCUACUGAUGCCAUUGUCAAAGAAUUCCUGGAUAUCUGCGAAAAUGCUGAGGGUGCCAUUGCAGUACAUUGUAAAGCUGGCCUUGGUCGCACGGGCACUCUGAUAGCAUGCUACAUCAUGAAGCACUACAGGAUGACAGCAGCCGAGACCAUUGCGUGGGUCAGGAUCUGCAGACCUGGCUCGGUGAUUGGGCCUCAGCAGCAGUUUUUGGUGAUGAAGCAAACAAGCCUCUGGCUGGAAGGGGACUAUUUUCGUCAGAAGUUAAAGGGGCAGGAGAAUGGACAACACAGAGCAGCCUUCUCCAAACUUCUCUCUGGAGUUGAUGACAUUUCCAUAAAUGGGGUCGAGAAUCAAGACCAGCAAGAACCCGAACCGUACAGUGACGACGACGAAAUCAAUGGAGUGACACAAGGUGAUAGACUUCGGGCCCUGAAAAGCAGAAGACAAUCAAAAACAAACGCUAUUCCUCUCACAGUAAUUCUUCAAUCCAGUGUUCAGAGCUGUAAAACAUCUGAACCUAACAUUUCUGGCAGUGCAGGCAUUACUAAAAGAACCACCAGAUCUGCUUCAAGGAAAAGCAGUGUUAAAAGCCUGGUUCCUCAGAGGGAAGGAAGGAGAACGAGUGCUUUGCAGCACGUGCCCCUGGCGGCAUCAUGUCUCUCCAUUUCAAGGACUAAAACAGUCUUGCGUUAAGUAAAAACCUGUGACCAGAGCUGAAGGAAGACUCUAAGAACUGAAAACUGCAGCAGAAAUUAGCACAAUUUGAAAACAAAACAAAAUUGCAAAAGCCUUAGUUGCUUUCCACCUAAGAAGUUGAUCAAUGGAGAAAGUGUCCGCUGGAGUUUCAAUAAUGAACUUUGAGUUUGGGUGCAAGCGAAUGACUCAGAGAAGGGCCCAGCUCUCAAGCUGAACGACAAAAAUGCUGUUGUAAAUUUAGUCUCAGGUGUAAAUACCCAAGCCCUCUGGUUCCCAGGGAGCUGGCUGCUCUGUGGUGCACGUGUGUCUCUGUGAUGGCAAUCAUUGUAGUUGCUGGCCUUCAGAAGAAUUGAGGAUCUGAUGGAGGUUUUUUAUGUAUUUAUUUUCUGUUCACCUUGUGACCCUGUGUCAAAAUUUAUAAAGAUACAAAAGGCAUUACUGAGAUGGUACUUUCUGUAAUUUGAUACUAUUUGGCUUAAUCAUCUUCACCUAUUUGUAAUACUGUUGUAAUGUUAACUGUUAAGUACCCAAGCUGCUUGUCUUCCACCAAAGAGUGCUUUAUUAACAAGAAUCUGUGAAAACCACAUUUAAAUACUGUUGCACGUUGUAAGACCAGGUGGUAUCUUGGUAACCUAAAACUUGCAAGAGAAUAUUAAUGGUAGCUUUAGAAGACUCAGGAGGAGAAACUGACUUCAGAGCUGGAAGAUGUUGCAAGUCAUUGCUUUUUCUGUCCUUUAGGGACUGAAGAACUGGGACGUUGCCCAUUGUUUGGUUGCCAGUCAUACAAAUUAAAAUCAUAUUUCCUUCCUUGCAUGGAAGAAACACACUGUCAGUUAUUCCCCUUGGAAACAGCAAUCCCAAAUAAUGUCGGCUUAAAAAAAGUUACCGCUUUUUUAGAGUCCUUCUCUGUAACAUUGGAUUUUUUUUUUUUCCUUAUGAGAUCAGCCUAAGGCCAUUGACGCGGCCUGCGAUCUCAGUGACGAUGAUCUGCUUCUGGAUCUCACUGUUGCCUUUGGUUAGGGAACACAACCAGUAACUCUGCAGAGCGCCUUCUCCCCCACCCUACUGGAACACAGCAGAGUCAGUGCCAUGAAGCAGUCACAGAAACAGAAUUGAUUUGCUGCUUAAAAAAAAAAGGGGGGCGGGGCCCAAAAUAAAAGAAUAUUUAGUACUCACCUCAGUUCCUUCCACAAGCAGUGGGUAGUUUAAUGAUUGUUAACCCAUUUUUGCCUGUGCUGGGAGCACGGAGGGCCGAGAUGUUGACAGCAGUAAGAAGCAAACGCUCUCCUAAGCCACAAGGCGUGCGCCAGGUCUAGUAGGCAACUCCAUUUUACGAAGCUGCCUUUUUCACAAAACUUCAAGAAAUUAAAGCAGUUGGAAGAAACAAGUUAAAGUCUUUAAUGCAGAAAGGAAUGGAAAGGCAGUGCCUCCAUUUUGGUGCACUUUCUUGGAAGAAAGUGUGAAAAUAACCGGCAUCAGGAGAGACGGAAGAUGCCGUGUUCUCAGCCAAACAAGCGACUCUUUCCCCGCCAGGCACUAUGGGGUGGGGUCAGGCCAGCUUCUAAACACUGGGGACUGGAUCACAGAAAAACAGUGGCUUUCUGUCCCUGGAAAUGAAUAGGCACAAAGACCCACUUGGCUGUGGGAAGACCACUCUUCAAUAAGAUGUGGGUGGGAGGAGGUACAUUCCUUUUGCUGUUUUGAGCUGAGACAAUAUAAAUAUUCAAACUGUGCCAUGCAUAAAGCAUUGAAUUCUCAGGGCACCUCUUCUUCCCCUUACCCUUUUUAAGGCCAUCCGCUCCAUAAAUAAUAAUCCAGGUAGUUGUGAAAAUCGCGCUUCCAUCUGAUCCCUUCUUAGUUUGGCUUUUCGUCCCACCAGAACAAGUAAAUGUAGGCGCCACAGCUCUUGUGAGUACUGUCUCCCUCACGGCGGACGCGCCUCCUGGUGUUUCGUCCAAGAAAAGGAAGGGUGUCCGCGGAACCACAGUCCUUUUUCAUUUUAUAAACUGCGUCUUCAUGUUGCCUGCUCAAGUUUCCACCUAUAAUUGCUAUCACUGUGGCUGUUUCUAAAAAUCCUUCUAUUUAACUGGUUCACUGAAAUUAGUCAUAGAAAACUUGUGAUUUGGUGAAGAAGCAUUCCUUGUAAUAACCAAAUGACUCGGGAAGGUGUGCAUAGCAAGUGUUACACUUAUGGGGACUGUCUCUAGAAUCCAGGAAGUGUCGGUCUGAGGGAUGGAAAGUUCUUCCUGCUAUGAAUGAGAGUGGAUGCUUCCCCUCAUCCCCAACUGAAACCACAAACACCUAGAAUCUUCUGGGAUUCUGACUUAGAGUCCUUGUUACAGAAGACCUUGUUGCUAUGGAACAUGAAACUGUGUCUGUCUGAUGGAGAGAUUCCCUUAACUUAAGAGCCUUAAAUAGCCCUGAAAGUACACCGGGACAGUUUGCAAUGGAAUUAAAAUUAGAAGUGCAUAUUUUUAGGUGCCCUUGAAGCUUUCUGGGGACUCAAAAUUAUCAAGAGUCAGGGACGGUCCGGAGGAAGAGCAUCUGCAAAACUGGGUUCCUAGAAGUACGGACGGACUUGGCUUUUUAUAGAACUUGGUGGGGAGCAGCGCCUCGCGAGAGCAGAAUGGCCUGGCGUGGCCAGAGCUUCCCGGCAGCACACGGCAGGGCUCUGCCGGCCUCAGAACUCCCCCGUUCUGAGCUUGAUGCCCCGAGCCUGCCCCCUACCUCCUUCCUCCCCUCCCCUCCAGCCCUCUCACAGGGUGAUUGCUACCUCUCUCUUGGGCCUAGGCAAGUUUUAGAGGAGUUCCCAAGCAUUGUCAUGAGGCCAGUGUGCCCACUGGCCCGAUGGCCUGGGCUUGUGCGUGGCCCGAGGACUGUCCCGAGGCUUUCCCUUUUCCCGUCACCGUCGAGCCACAGAGGCAGUGCACUCAUUGGAUGUCUGUUCUUAACAUGGCUUCUCUUUCUACAUUAAAAAAAAGAAUCAUUAUUGCAUUUUGGAAAGCAGUGCUCAUCAAAAGCAACUUUUAAAACCUAUUUUAUUGUUCCUUGAAAUGUUCUCUCCCGCUGAAACUGCCCUGGAAAGGCUGCUGCUGCCCUUCCGUUUCCCCACAUCAGGGUAUUCUCCACGUCACUGAGCGGAGACGACUCCAGAUGUGUUUAAAGACUGGACAAUUCACCUAUACUGUGUAGGAAAUUACCUCCUUAAUUACCUGGUAGAAUUGUCAGCAGACAUGUUCAUCCAAUGAGAGUACUGCAGUUUUCUAUUAAUAAUUUGCAGACUUUUAUCUAACCUGCACUCAUGUACAGAUUAUUAAAAGUUUUAAAACGUAACUGAUCAGUAGUGAUCAAUCAUUGUCUUGAUUUUUUUUUUACAGUGUAUAUUUCUAAUCAUAUUUUUUAAAGCCAAGAGAACUGGUUGAAUGAAUGUUUAUUUCCUGAAGGUAUUUUUAAGAUAAAGCUUCCUAAUGGCCUGUAAACUUUGCAUAUGUGUGUAGUUUGAUACAUAUUGUCACAUUGGAAAAUCUUGUGAGUUGUAACUGGUUUUAUACAAAAUAUCGAAUAGUGGAAAUUGUAUAAUUACAAUCAUGUAAUUAAAAGUAUUAACCCAACA